GGCAGCCACCCACCAAAAAUCCCAAAAUUUAUAUAUAUAUAUAUCUCUCCCAAAAUCUCAAAGUUUCAACGUGGCGAAAAACCACUUGAUCCACGUGUCCACCCGCACACCACUUCUCAUCCUGAGGCGCCGUACAGAAUCACACAAAAUUUCGAAUUCCGAUAAGCCCCAUUCUUUGUUCCAGCCACAAAAAUUGAAUUAAAAUCCCCCUUCGCAGAAAAUUAAAAUCAGACAUCUUCAUUCUUUUUUAUAAACUCAAAAAUCUCCCACCGGAAAAAAAUUAAAUCGAAAUCUACCAUGGGCUGCUCCGCUUCGAAGCGAAUUGAGGCCGCCGUCGACGUCUACCGGCCGGCGCCGACGAGCUUCGCCGUGUUCGACAUCAACUCGAUCGACGAGCCGUGGGUGAAGGUCGUGGAGGAUCCGGCGCCGGCGCCGGCGCCGGAGAAGGAGGAGAAAGCCACCCACGGCCACGUUCCGGCUCCAAUUCUGGAGAAGCUGAGCAGUUUCGAAUCCGACGCUCCUCACUCGUGGGAUGAGGUCAGUAAGGCCCUUGAAGACCUCAAGCCCGCUCUCCGACGACAACUCGAUCCUCCUCCCAACUCCGCUGCUCCCGAACCAGUUGCAGAACCAGCGCCGGCGAAGGCCGCCGCCACCGCCGCCGUUGGCAAACAACCGCCACGUAAGAGUUCCAGCUUUCACACCGUCGCAGAGCUCGACGCCAAGUUGUCAUCCGGCAAGCCCACCGCAGAGUCGAAGCUUUCCGGGUUUAGAAAAGCCGAGUCAUUCAGAACAGGACCGGUCAAACCUGAGCCAAAAACCAGCAAUUCGGACCGGUUCAAGUCGGUGAAAGAGAACAUAUUCCUGAUUAGAGACAGAGAGGAGCGAGAAAAGGAAGGGCAGAAGCCGGUUCGGUUCGACCCGCUGAGCGAGUUCCCGGAGAAGUGCCCGCCGGGAGGGGCGGAGGCAGUGGUGCUGUAUACGACGUCGUUGAGAGGGGUGAGGCGGACGUUCGAGGACUGUAACAGGGUGAAGUCAGUGCUCGAAGGGCACUGCGUGGCGGUGGACGAGCGUGACGUGGCGUUGCACGGCGAGUUUUUGAAGGAACUCAAAGAACUUGUCGGGGACGAGGCAGCCGUCCCAAGAAUGUUCGUAAAGGGAAGGUACGUCGGAGGGGCGGAGGAGGUGGUGGCAUUGAACGAGAAAUGGAUUGAAUUUAUGGAGGGAAAAUGGAAAGAGAAAAUUGUGAAAUGGAGGGGAUUAUGUUAUAGGAUCAUCAUGUCUUCUUCUUAG